UAAGUAUAUAACCCGCGUUCGUUGUUCGUAGAUAACAACCGUAAUAUUUUACGAUUGUGUGUUUUGUGUUUAUUCGUGUAAUUUAGCGAAUUUAAAAAGUUAUUUGCCAUAAAUCUAUCAAAAUGAUCAUUCCGAUCCGGUGCUUUACGUGUGGAAAAGUCAUAGCAAACAAAUGGGAGAGUUAUCUGGGCUUACUACAAGCCGAAUACACAGAAGGUGAUGCUUUGGAUGCCCUUGGACUUAAACGAUAUUGUUGUAGACGUAUGUUACUCGGUCAUGUUGAUUUAAUUGAAAAACUUCUCAAUUAUGCGCCGCUUGAAAAAUGAUUUGCUAAAACAAUUUUGUACUAAUUAUAAUUUUUUUUUUUUUUUUUAAUAAAAUAAUGUCAAUAUAAAAAAUGUAA